AUGAGCAGCUCGGAGGAGGUAUCAUGGAUUACAUGGUUCUGCGGCCUCAGAGGAAAUGAGUUCUUUUGCGAGGUAGACGAAGAUUAUAUAAAUGAUAAAUUCAAUUUGACUGGACUAAACGAACAAGUACCACAAUACAGACAAGCCUUAGAUAUGAUAUUGGAUCUUGAACCUGAUGAUGAUCUGGAGGACAUUCCAAACCAAUCGAAUCUUGUUGAGCAGGCUGCAGAAUUUUUAUAUGGAUUAAUUCAUGCUCGUUAUAUCUUGACUAACAGGGGAAUAGGUCAAAUGAUGGAGAAGUUUCAGUCAGGAGACUUUGGUCAUUGCCCACGAGUCUACUGUGAAUGUCAGCCUAUGUUACCUGUUGGUCUAUCAGAUGUCCCUGGAGAAGCUAUGGUGAAGGUAUACUGUCCUCGCUGUAUGGACGUUUAUACGCCGUUGUCUUCUAGACACCACCAGACAGAUGGAGCUUAUUUUGGAACCGGAUUUCCUCACAUGGUUUUCAUGGUACACCCUGAGUACCGGCCGUGCCGUAUUCCCUCACAAUUUGUGCCCAGACUUUAUGGCUUCAAAAUCCACCCGCUUGCCUACCAGAUCCAAGUCCAAGCUGCAGAAAGUAAGAAACCUUCUUCCCUGCGCACUUUUAACAACGAAUUCCUGCCGUCAAGCGUGGCUAAUCAAGGUACAAAAAGAAAAAUGAGCAGCUCGGAGGAGGUUACUUGGAUUUCGUGGUUCUGCGGCCUCAGAGGAAAUGAGUUCUUUUGCGAGGUAGACGAAGAUUAUAUAAAUGAUAAAUUCAACUUGACUGGACUCAAUGAACAAGUACCACAAUAUAGACAAGCCUUGGAUAUGAUAUUGGAUCUUGAAGCUGAUGAUGACCUAGAUGACAAUCCAAACCAAUCAGACCUCGUGGAGCAAGCUGCUGAAAUGCUGUAUGGAUUAAUUCAUGCUCGUUAUAUCUUAACUAGCAGAGGAAUAGGUCAAAUGAUGGAGAAGUUUCAAUCAGGUGACUUUGGUCAUUGCCCACGAGUCUACUGUGAAUGUCAGCCAAUGUUACCUAUUGGUCUUUCCGAUGUCCCUGGCGAAGCCAUGGUGAAGGUAUACUGCCCUCGCUGUAUGGACGUUUAUACGCCGAAGUCUUCUCGCCACCACCACACAGACGGCGCUUAUUUUGGAACCGGAUUUCCUCAUAUGGUCUUCAUGGUGCAUCCUGAAUAUCGCCCGCGCCGUAAUCCUUCACAAUUUGUGCCCAGGUUAUACGGCUUCAAAAUCCACCCAGUCGCCUAUCAGAUCCAAGUCCAAGCCGCCGCCAGCAACAAGCCCUCUUCCCUGCGCACGCUCACUUUUAACAACGGUAAACGCUAA